AUGCGCCCCUGUACCGCCUCCUCAUGCUGCUGCCAGGUCCAGAGUGUGUCAUGGGCCCCCGUACCGACUCCUCAUGCUGCUGCCAGGCCCGUAAUCUGUCAUGGGUCCCUGUACCGCCUCCUCAUGCUGCUGCCAGGUCCAGAGUGUGUCAUGGGUCCCUGUACGGCCUCCCAUUGCUGCUGCCAGGCCCGUAAUCUGCCAUGGGCCCCCGUACCGACUCCUCAUGCUGCUGCCAGGCCCGUAAUCUGUCAUGGGCCCCUGUACCGCCUCCUCAUGCUGCUGCCAGGUCCAGAAUGUGUCAUGGGUCCCUGUACGGCCUCUCCAUUGCUGCUGUCUCCAUCGCCACACUCUGCCAUGUGCCACUUUCAGGUCUCCUCACACUGCUGGUGGGUUCCAUUUUGUCAUAGGGUGCUGUAUGGCCUCCCAUUUGCUGCUGCCUCCACCGCCACACUGUGGCUCCACACUCUGGUUUUGGCCCCGUGACUGCCCAAAUGAGUGAAGUGUGCGGUGAUUCUAAGAUCGACGGCACUCAUCUGCAUGUCAUACUGACUGACAGUAUUAUUUCUCUUCCCCAGCAGACUCCAAGGGCAUUUAAAUUAAAGGUACAGUGUUCUGCACUAAUAUAA